AUGAACCUAUCGUACUCAUUGUUCAAAGGAGCUUCUAUUCAGCUAGACGCGAUUGACUUGGACCCCAAUCACGCCUCGACCAAGAUCGCAUCACUCACUUCCGUCAAGAAUGUCUGGCCCGUCCGUUACUUCCAGAACUUAGCCAGUGGCAAGCGUACAUCUGGAAACAACCAUAUCGGCAACUUCGACAAUUCAUCCAAGCAUUUCGCAAGAACAACGGCAGACAAUGGCACUGAUGGAUAUGCGCCACAUGUUUUGACCCAAGUCGACAAACUCCAUGAAGAAGGCUUCACCGGGAAAGGCAUCCGCAUCGGCAUCGUUGACUCGGGGGUCGACUACAACCACCCUGCUCUAGGAGGCUGCUUUGGUGAAGGCUGUAUCGUCAGCUAUGGAACGGACCUCAUUGGCGACAACUUCAACGGCACAAACACACCCGUUCCCGAUCCUGAUCCUCAAGACUGCCUCGGCCAUGGAACGCAUGUUUCUGGUAUUAUCGCCGCUCAGCAGAACCCCCUGGGCUUUAUCGGUGCUGCAUAUGGCGCAAACUUGGGCAUGUACAGGGCGCUGAACUGCGAGGGCAUUUCUUCCAACGAUGUGCUUAUUGCCGCAUUCAACGAGGCGUAUGAAGACGGAUCAGACAUCAUUUCGCUUUCUAUCGGAACCAUCUCCGGCUGGAAAGAGGAUCCUCUAUCAGUUGCUGUCUCUCGAAUCAUUGACGCUGGUGUUCCUUGUGUCAUCGCAAACGGCAACAAUGGCCCUUUCGUCUUCACCUCGGCCAGUCCUGCAGAUGGCAGAGGGGUCAUGUCAGUGGCAUCGAUAGAGAAUACCAUGACACCCUUGCUAGGGACUGAGGCCUUCACCAGCUUGGAUGGCUCUUCCGACAACCUGACCUCCUUUGUAUGGGUGCCCGGAACUCCCGCGUUUCCCAACAUCACUCUACCGCUAUGGGUUGUCACUCCGAAUACCACGGUAGAUGGCAGCUGGAAUGCCUGUAGCCCUCUCAAUGAGAACGCGCCAGCAGACCUCAGCGAUAGGAUUGUUCUCGUGGAGUUGAGCGGCUGCAGUGACCCUGUCAUCGCCAACAGUCUUUUGCAGAACAAUGGAAAGUACAUCAUGUUUUACAGCCCCUAUGAUGACUUCUCAAACCUAUACAGCGUCACCACUACCCCCGACACACUCGGCGCCGGGAUGGUUCCCCUACAGCAAGGCCAGGAAUGGCGAGACUUAUUAGGAAACGGUACAGAAGUGUAUGCGACAAUGGUUGAGCCCCAAUCUGCCGGCACUACCGCGGCAUUCUUUCCCAAUGACUCGGAUGGCGGCUAUAUAGAUGACUUUUCGAGCUGGGGCCCGACAUGGGAGGCGGACCUGAACCCGCGUAUCGCAACGCCGGGAGGCUCAAUCCUUUCUACCUAUCCGUUGUCGAUGGGAGGCUAUUACGUCGACUCUGGUACUUCCAUGGCCACGCCGCUCAUGGCUUCGAUUUAUGCCUUGAUCAUGGAGGCGAGAUCCAUCAAAGACCCCAAAACUCUUAUGAGUCUGGUCUCAUCUACGGCAAAACAGACGAAAUACCAUGACUAUUACACCGGCAUCUUCUAUGAUGGAUUGGCUCCCGUAGCGCAACAGGGCGCUGGCCUAGCCCAGGCAUAUGAUGCGGUUCAUGCCACCACGUCCCUCAGCGUAUCGAGCAUAUCUCUCAACGACACAGACCAUUUUGUUAACAGCACGGCUUUCACGAUUAGCAAUGGGGCUGAACAAGCUGUGACUUACUCCAUCGGCCACGUACCGUCUCUAUCUCGAGAAACUUACAAGACUGGUCAACCCACAGUGGCGAGGUCUACAAACCCUAGCAAUGCGACAGCAACCCUCACCUUUUCGGAGACAAACCUCACAGUUCCAGCGGGGGAAUCCGUCAAAAUCAUUGUCGAAGUAACCCCCCCUCAAGGGCUCAAUGCGUCAAAUCUCCCCGUCUAUGGAGGGUACAUUACUCUGAGCGGUUCCAAUGGCGAAAGUCUUGUUGUCCCUUAUCUAGGAGUUGCCGCAAGCCUGAAGGAUUCUAGGAGCAUAGACCCAGGCUAUAGCUUUAUCUAUCAUACUACCGGCCGGUUCCCUCAGGAGGCCCCUAACAACGAUACGUGGACGAUCCCUUAUCCUACAGUGGGCAGCCAGCCUUCGACAUCGUCAUCCAUCGACUAUCCCGCUCUUGGUAUUGAAGCAGAUGCCGGUAUCCCGCUGCUGCGAGCAGACAUCAUCCCUCUGGGUACCACGCCGGCAAAAACCACCAAUGUUUUAGGAGUCGAUAUUGCUGGUAGUAUUUAUGGAUAUCCAGUGAGGUGGCUCAACACGCAGAUCAACCAGGUGGCCUUCAAUGGUGUGACGCAAGAAGGGACAAUCCUGCCCGAAGGAAAUUACGCCGUGUUGCUGCGAGCGCUGAAGAUUUUUGGAGACGAGGAAAACCCGGAUGACUAUUUCACUAAACAGACUGGCUCAUUCAACAUCAAGUAUACGUCUACAUAG